CUUCAAAGAACAAAGCCGCACAAAUGAGAUCAAAGGACGGUAGCGAGUUGUCUACACGAGAUCUGCAGAAAAUAGUUCAGGCUUUGCCGCAAUAUGGAGAACAAGUUGACAAACUCUCCACUCAUGUAGAGCUAGCUGGAAAGAUAAAUAGAAUAAUCAGAGACACAGGACUUCGGGAUCUAGGGCAGCUGGAACAAGAUCUUGUUUUCGGAGACGCAGCUGCCAAGGACGUUAUCAACUUUCUGAGGACAAAUCAGGACACAAACCCGGAAAACAAAUUACGGCUAUUGAUGAUUUAUGCAACAGUGUACCCCGAGAAGUUUGAAGGUGACAAGGGUGUAAAGCUAAUGCAGCUUGCUAGAUUAUCUCCUGUGGAUAUGAAGGUUAUAAGCAACAUGCAGUUGAUAGCUGGAUCUCCAGAAAACAAGGCUAAAUCCGGUAGUUUCUCCCUCAAGUUUGACGCUGGAAAGACAAAACAAGCAAACAGGAAAGAUCGAUCUGGUGAAGAAGAAACAUGGCAACUGUUCCGGUUUUAUCCCAUGCUCGAGGAGCUGCUUGAGAAACUCGUGAAAGGCGAUCUAUCUAAAAGCGACUAUCUGUGUAUGAACCAAUCAAGUCAUAAGGAGGAGAGUGAACCAAAAACAGGAUCAGUCAGGAAGAGUUCUGCUCCUACAGCGGUUCCAGAUCGAAAAGCCACCCCUCAUUCUAUGAGAUCAAGAAGAACUGCAACAUGGGGGGUAUCUUUCUUCUCACUCAGUGACUCAGUGUUGAAAAGUGCUUCUACGGACUUCAAGAAGCUGGGGCAACGCAUCUUUGUAUUCAUUAUUGGUGGGGCAACUCGAUCCGAGCUCCGAGUUUGCCACAAGUUGACAAGCAGUUUGAGGAGAGAAGUGGUACUAGGCUCCACUAGUUUCGACGAUCCCCCACAGUACAUCACGAAGCUGAAAUUGCUGUCGGAAAAAGACAUAGCAGGGGCUCCUGCUCAGCCCUUCAAACCACAAUACUGGUGAAUUUGACACGGAUUACGUCUCAAAAUGUUUUUAGUUGAAAAAAAAAAAAAAAAAACUAAUAUUGUUGCAAUUGAAAGAAGAGUGGAUAAGCAAACCAGCAUAUAUACACUUGUCCAGAGACAAGACUUGGGAUCAGGUGAGUAGAUACUUUAAGGAGAAGACUUUUUUUUUUUUGUUAUUGCAUCUCUUUGAACCCCCAAAGCCUCACCUUUUGCUUAUUUUCUUUAUUUUUUAUUCUUCAUUUGGAUCCCCUGUUAUGUCGACUUAAUGGAAAAGAUUGAAGAAGCUAGCUUCUAGUAAUUUGUUUUAAACCUUUUUGGCUAUUUCUUGAUUCAGUUCUGCUGUUA